AUGCUAUCCCUGACAGAACAACAGAUGGAGCUUCUGGCUUCAUUUAUGGGGCAUGACCUUCGGGUCCACCGUCAGUACUAUCAAGUGCCAGACACUGUGUUAAGAGUGGCAAAACUUUCUAAGCUGUUCAUUGCUUUAGAAAAGGGAACUCUACCAUCACAGGAGGGCAAAACCCUGGAUGAUCUUUCCAUUGAUGAUGUAGACUCAGAUGAUGCAGACCAGUCCAGUGAGUGUGAUGACGAUGCUGAUGUGGCCUCCCCUGAGACACAACAUCAAUCAUCUAAUCCAACUAACAGCAACACAUAUCCAUCAAUAUGUACAUACAAAAAUGUAACUUUUAAUUUUGCUGCAGAAUGGAAUAGGAAAAACUCCAUUCCAGUUCAACCCCAAGCAAGUGGCAGAGAGCAUGGAGCAGCAGUCACCGGUAAUAUUAUUUGA